AAUGUCAGACAAACUACGGUCCGUUUUUGUUUCCUUGUUGUUUUCUAAGUUUAUUUUCUAAUAAGGAUUCUUCAUAGUAAUAUUAUUGCAAUAACAUUAAAUAUAAUGUUAUUUACAGUACCGUCUAACUUGCCAGUUAAAGUUGAAAAUGAGUUUCUACCAGCUGAAUUGGAAAGACAAGCAGUGGACUAUGUAGAUACAUCUUAUAGAUUUUACCAAGUUUCCCGCGAUUUUUCUAAGCAAUAUGCUCAUAUUUACUCUGCCAGGUUAAAUGCAUACAGAACUUUAAUUACUACAAUAAUUAGAAAGAAGUGGCCAAGUCAUUAUAAGAUUUUAAAAUUAUGUGAACUUCGAGAAAAACAUGAAAAAUGUAUAGUGAUUGGAACAAUAUUUAAACUGCAAGAAUUAAAGCCAAGUAUAUUGAAAGAUUUAUCAGAACAGCUGGAAAUCAUACCCCAACCGCCAAGGACACAUUUUGUACAUGAUAGUGAUAGUCUGGUGUUGGAGGAUGAGCUUCAAAGGAUCAGACUGAUUGGUGAUUCAAUUGAUGUUCACCAAGUUGUAACUGGUGUAGUUUGUGCUGUUUUAGGUUCAGAAGAUGAGGAUGGAGUUUUCACAAUAGAAGAUGUUUGUUGGGCAGGUUGCAGCAUACAAAAACCUUUCCCCAAACUGGCUAAUGAUAGGUACAUAGUCCUUUUAUCGGGUUUGAAUAUGGCAUCAAAGAAACCCGAUCAUUUGUUUUCACUGCAUCUAUUAUUGGAGUGGUUGUCAGGUAUUUCUGGCACUUCCCAAUAUCAAGAAGAAUUAUCAAAAGUUGUGAGAGUAAUUGUUGCAGGUGGUGUGUUUGCAAGUUAUUCUGAUGAGUGCAUCCUCAAUGAAUCAGAUGUGAUAGCAUCAGCUGAAUCUGUUGAUGCAUUUGCUGCUGCUGUCAGUGCAGUAGCACCAUUAGAUCUGAUGCCGGGUUGCAAAGAUCCCUCUGGGAUUAUGCUGCCCCAGAAACCAUUUCAUUACUGUUUAUUCCCCAAAGCUGUAGAAUAUAAAUCCUUUCACCGAGUUCCAAAUCCAUAUGAAUGUGAUAUUGCAGGAUUUACUUGUCUGGGGACUUCAGGCGAGCCUCUUAAAAAUAUAAUGAAAUACAGUAACUUAAAUAAUCGGUUAGAAAUUAUGAAAAACACUCUCAAAUGGCGGCAUAUGGCUCCUACAUGUCCCGACACAGUUCCAUGUACUCCAUGCGUAGUUACUGAUCCCUUCAUCAUACAAAAUUGUCCAGCUAUAUAUUUUAGUGGAAAUUCUGAGGAAUUUGCUACCGAUGUUUACAAAGGAGAAGAUGGCCAACAUGUAAGACUAGUAUGCCUACCAGAUUUUUCUACCUCAAAGACUAUGGCAAUUGUAAACCUCCAGAAUUUGGAAUGUUUCAGCAUGACAUUUUCCUAAAAGUGUAAAAACGUUCCACACUAUGUCGUCGCAUUAAUAAUAAACCCAUGAAAUAGCAAAAAUAAACAGAAUAAUAGAAAAGUUUAUAAAUAGCCACAUUAACUAUAAAGAUACUAAAUAUAGAGAAAGACAGGAAACAAAAUAAGUAGCGACACAUCACAUUGUACGUAACGCUAUAUCACUCAAUAUUACCUUAGAUUAUUCGGUGAUAAAGGUUUUAUAAAAGGUAAGACUAUAAUCCUUAAUCUUAUCUAACAUUGCUUUACAUCUGUUUAUGCAGUUUCAUUAGAGGGGUAUUUUACAUAUUUUU